AGUGUUCUAAGUUGUAACGUGUUAUUUUCUUAAUUCAUUUAUUCAAACUUGGCAACUGUAUUGUUGUCGGCCAUAAAAAAAGUAACGGAGAUUAUGGUAGAGCAAUCGCAUUAGGGAUAACUGCAAAAUUAGAAUCAGGCUGCGCCGAUGUCUGGAGGAGUAGCUGUCGGGUGAAUCAUGAUCGGUGUCGGUCGGUGUGGAUUUUGACAGCUUCCAUCGGACGUUUGCUGUUUUGCUGAGACUGUAAAAUUUGGAAAUGAAGAAGUUUCUGCCAAAGAUCGACCGCUCAGCUCAGCAAAAUAGUUACAUCGGAAAAGUGUUUAAUGUGGGACGUUAUGCGGUGACAGUUGAAGAUGUGAUUGCUGAGGGUGGGUUUGCCAUUGUCUUCUUGGUGAAGGCGCAGAAUGGCAGGCGGUACGCCCUUAAGAGGAUGUAUGUGAACAAUGAGCUGGAUCUGAACACCUGCAAGCGGGAAAUCCAUAUCGCUAAAACUUUAAGUGGGCACAAGAAUAUAAUCAAGUUUGUAGACUGCAGUAUUACAGUCACUCCAAACAAGGUCUAUGAAAUUCUCAUCUUGAUGCAGUAUUGUAAAGGUGACGUCAUACAGCAGAUGAAUGAACGACUCAAUGUAGGCUUUACCCAGGCUGAAGUUCUGCACAUAUUUUGUGAUGUGUGUGAAGCUGUUUCCAGGUUACAUCAUUGUCAAACUCCCAUUAUACACAGAGACCUCAAGGUAGAAAACAUAUUGAUAGAAGAUGGUGGGAAUUAUGUUCUGUGUGACUUUGGAAGUGCAACAGGAAAAUUCCUCAACCCUGAGCAGCAUGGUGUACAGCAAGUGGAGGAUGAAAUACAAAAAUACACCACUCUGUCUUAUAGGGCACCAGAGAUGAUAGACUUGUAUUCUGGUAAAGUGAUAACUACCAAAGCUGAUAUAUGGGCUUUGGGAUGUAUGCUGUAUAAAUUAUGUUUUUUCACACUGCCAUUUGGAGAGAGCACGCUAGCAAUACAAAGUGGCAAUUUUACAAUUCCUGAUAACUCCAAGUAUUCCAGAGAGCUACACGCAUUGAUUGCAUACAUGUUAGAUGUAGAUGCAGAGAAACGACCAGAUAUAUUCCAAGUAUCUACAGUAGCUUUCGGCAUCCAGGGAAGGAAGUGCCCUGUGCCAAAUGUACAUAAAAGUCCCCAACCCGAUGUGAAUACUCUUCCUGUGCCUAUGUUUGAGAGUGAAGCUAGACAAGUGAAAACCACCACACAGAAGACUGUGGCACCUUCUACUAUAGAGAGCACAAGCAUUGCCCCGCGUCAGCGCCCCAAAGGGCAGGCAGUGCCCCAAUCAGCCACACUGGGCCUUCCUAUACAAACCAGCAUUGCUCCACGAAAACGCCCGACUGCCAGUAACCCUCAGACACCUGUCAGUGACUCCUGUGAUAUGCCACACCCACCUGCCCCCUCCCCAGGAGCUACACAGCAUCUGUAUGCUCCCAACCAACAAGCCCUGUACCAUCAAUCCCCAGGGCUCCACCCAGGCUACCAGUAUAAUAUGGCUUUACAACAACAACAACAACAACAGUUACAGCUGCAACAACAACAGCAGCUGCAGAUGCAACAACAACAGCUGCAAAUGCAGCAACAACAACAGCAACAACAGAUGCAGCACCAGCAAUUGCAGAUGCAGCACCAGCAACAACAGCAGCAGCAGAUGCAGCCAGCGAUGUAUAUGCACGCUUCACAAAUACCCACCUCCCAGUCAACUUAUCCUUUAACCAGUAGUUCAACUCAGCUCAGCCCUAGUAUGGAGGAUCUCUUGUUUAUGACUACUUUUACUGACCCCUUCUCUGGUUCUGACCCCAAAUCUAUGUCUGCCUCCGCCACAGUGCUCUCUUCUCACCUGGUCAGUCAGCUCUCUCAGGCCAGCAAUGGUCAAGUGGAAAACCAGGAAUUCAACCCAAGGACGCAGUACAACCCAAGAACAGAGGGGUUUAACCCAAGGACGGAGGAGCCCAGUGAGGAUGCAAAGUUUAAAAAACCUGCAAGGCCUCCCCUCAAACCAAACGACGCUCAGCCGCUGAUAUCUGUGACGCCCCCAGCUUCCCCUCACCGAGCUCACCGUCGCUACCGCAGUGACACAUCCUCUCUCGCAAUGGGAGGAAAGGGCAGUGCUUUCAGGGCUUACGCUGGUACAAGUAACCUGCUUGCUCCGCUGGAAAGCCAACAGAAGUCUAAAUCAGCUUCAACAACCCCAAUACAUUCACCACCAAGAACUCCUGAGCUGUCCAGACAUCUCUCUGUGGAUAUGUCAGAGUGGAAUCCUUUUGGAGAUGAUAACUUUGGUGCUUAUACAGAAGAUAUCCUCUUUGGCAAAGAGUUUGAUAAACUGCGUCGGGGCUCAAAUAGCAGUAUAUCCAAUGUAAAAAGUCGUGAAGAUCUGGUCAUGUCAGGGUCUGACUCAUCUGAUCCUUUCAGCAAUGCCCCCUUCAAAAAACCAGGCCGUAAACAUUCCAAAGCAAACAUGGGCAGUGGCCAGCAAAGAAACAGUGCUCGGAGUUCUAUUUCAAGUUACGGAGAAGAUGAUAUUAAAAAUCGACGACGCCACAGUACUGGGUCUGCAGACUUUAAAGCUCAGGUGUCUGACCUCAUUGACUUUCAAUCCGAUGCCAGUCCAAAAAGCCAUGAUUUGUUUGGGGCAGCUCCAUUGAUGAAAGCUGCUUUGGGUAAAUCUAGUCGGUACAAACAGCUAGUGGACACAGAUGAAGAGCAAGAGGUUUUCCUUCCUGAACCUGCAAAAUCAGAACCACGCAAAUCUGAGUCGCAGUCGGGAAUUUGGAAGAAGCUGAUGGAACCUAAUAGUGGUGAUAAACGUACAGCCGUAUUCCAGGAAAUCUGAUGGUAAAGCUGACUCUGGAAAAUGGACCAAACUAGUGGACACUGAUGAGGAGAGAGAGGGUUCAUCUCUUGCUGGCAGUUUGCCAGACAAUCCUCACUGGGUGAGAAAGUCUCCGGAAAUUGUG